GGCCGCGGCCUCUGAAGCGGGCUGGGUGUCGGGGGGCGCCGAGUUUGACUAGUUUGGGGGCUGCCAGGCGCCUGGCGGUGCUCCUGCCGCCCGCCGCGCCUAGGUAGCCGCGCCUCGGCCGGACCCAGCGCGUUGUGCCCGUUCCCGCGGGGACCUGCACUGGAGGCUGGGCAGCUCUCGGCGAAAGUUGGCCCCUCACGGGCAGGCGGGCGGGCGGGCGGCCGCGGCCAUGGAGCCCAGCAGCAUGGAGUAUUUCAGCGCCCAGGUGCAGCAGAAGGACGUCGGGGGCCGCUUGCAGGUCGGCCAGGAGCUGUUGCUCUACCUCGAUGCCCCCGGCGCCAUCCCAGACCUGGAGGAGGACCUGGGCCGCCUGGGCAAGACGAUCGACGCACUCACCGGCUGGGUGGGCUCGAGCAACUACCGGGUAUCAUUAAUGGGAUUGGAAAUUUUAAGUGCCUUUGUGGACAGAUUAUCAACACGAUUUAAGUCCUACGUAGCAAUGGUUAUUGUAGCUUUAAUAGACAGAAUGGGAGAUGCCAAAGACAAGGUUCGUGAUGAAGCUCAGACUCUGAUACUGAAGUUAAUGGAUCAAGUAGCACCGCCUAUGCACAUUUGGGAACAGUUGGCUUCUGGUUUUAAGCACAAGAAUUCUCGAUCUCGAGAAGGCGUGUGUCUGUGUCUUAUUGAAACCUUAAACAUUUUUGGAGCUCAACCACUAGUCCUCAGCAAGUUGGUACCGCAUUUGUGUGUGCUAUUUGGAGAUUCCAGCAGUCAGGUGAGAGAUGCUGCAAUAUUGGCUAUAGUGGAGAUUUACAGGCAUGUGGGAGAGAAAGUAAGGGUGGACCUUUCUAAGAGAGGAAUUCCCCCUGCUAGAUUAGAAAUGAUAUUUGCCAAAUUUGAUGAAGUGCAGAACUCAGGCGGUAUGAUUUUGAAUGUCUGCAAAGAUAAAAGCUUUGAUGAUGAAGAAUCAGUGGAUGGAAAUAGGCCAUCAUCAGCUUCUUCAGCCUUCAAGGUUCCUGCACCUAAAGCAUCCGGAAAUCCAGUCAACAGUGCAAGGAAGCCUGGUUCAGCAGGUGGCCCUAAAGUUGGAGCAGGUGCUUCUAAGGAAGGAGGUGCCGGGGCAGUUGAUGAAGAUGAUUUUAUAAAAGCUUUUACAGAUGUCCCUUCUAUUCAGAUCUAUUCUAGUCGAGAACUUGAAGAAACAUUAAAUAAAAUCAGGGAAAUUUUGUCAGAUGACAAACACGACUGGGAUCAGCGUGCCAAUGCACUUAAGAAAAUUCGAUCAUUGCUUGUUGCUGGAGCUGCACAAUAUGAUUGCUUUUUCCAACAUUUACGCUUGUUGGAUGGAGCACUUAAACUGUCAGCUAAGGAUCUUAGAUCCCAGGUGGUUAGAGAAGCUUGCAUUACUGUAGCCCAUCUUUCCACGGUUUUGGGAAACAAGUUUGAUCAUGGCGCUGAAGCCAUUGUACCUACACUUUUUAAUCUUGUCCCCAAUAGUGCAAAAGUCAUGGCAACUUCUGGAUGUGCAGCAAUCAGAUUCAUCAUUCGGCAUACUCAUGUACCCAGACUUAUACCUUUAAUAACAAGCAAUUGCACAUCAAAAUCAGUUCCUGUGAGAAGGCGUUCUUUUGAGUUUUUAGAUUUAUUGUUACAAGAGUGGCAGACUCAUUCAUUAGAAAGACAUGCAGCUGUCUUGGUUGAAACUAUUAAAAAGGGAAUUCAUGAUGCUGAUGCUGAGGCCAGAGUGGAAGCAAGGAAGACAUAUAUGGGUCUUAGAAACCACUUUCCUGGUGAAGCUGAAACAUUGUAUAAUUCCCUUGAGCCAUCUUAUCAGAAGAGUCUUCAAACUUACUUAAAAAGCUCUGGCAGUGUAGCAUCUCUUCCUCAAUCUGACAGAUCUUCGUCUAGCUCACAAGAAAGUCUCAAUCGCCCGUUUUCUUCUAAAUGGUCUACAGCAAACCCAUCAACUGUGGCUGGAAGAGUAACAGCAGGCAGCAGCAAAGCCAGUUCCCUUCCAGGAAGCCUGCAGCGUUCACGAAGCGACAUUGAUGUGAAUGCUGCCGCUGGUGCCAAGGCCCAUCAUGCCGCUGGGCAGUCUAUGCGGAGUGCGCGGUUAGGUGCAGGUGCUCUGAAUCCAGGAUCCUAUGCAUCACUAGAGGAUACUUCUGACAAGAUGGAUGGAACAGCAUCUGAAGAUGGUCGAGUGAGAGCAAAGCUUUCAGCACCACUUGCUGGCAUGGGAAAUGCCAAGCCAGAUUCUAGAGGAAGAAGUCGAACAAAAAUGGUGUCUCAGUCACAGCGUUCAUCAUCACCUGACAAAAAUGAAGGAUCACAAUCUGCUAAUACCAUUGGUGCUGGCAGCCGGUCUGGGUCUCCAGGAAGAGUUCUGACCACAACAGCCCUCUCCACUGUGAGCUCUGGCGUUCAGAGAGUCCUGGUCAAUUCAGCCUCAGCACAGAAGAGAAGCAAGAUACCACGGAGCCAGGGCUGUAGCAGAGAGGCUAGUCCCUCUAGGCUCUCCGUGGCCCGAAGCAGUCGUAUUCCUCGACCAAGUGUGAGUCAAGGGUGCAGCCGAGAAGCCAGUCGCGAGAGCAGCCGAGAUACAAGCCCUGUCCGCUCUUUUCAGCCCCUCGCCUCCAGACACCAUUCCAGAUCUACUGGUGCCCUCUACGCCCCCGAUGUGUAUGGGGCCUCAGGUCCAGGGUACGGGAUCAGCCAGUCAAGUCGACUGUCAUCUUCUGUCAGCGCCAUGCGGGUCCUGAACACAGGUUCUGAUGUGGAGGAGGCAGUAGCAGAUGCCUUGCUCUUAGGAGACAUGCGGACUAAGAAAAAACCUGCUCGAAGAAGAUAUGAGUCAUAUGGAAUGCAUUCAGAUGAUGAUGCAAACAGCGAUGCGUCUAGCGCUUGUUCGGAGCGCUCCUAUAGUUCUCGAAAUGGUAGUAUCCCUACGUACAUGAGGCAGACCGAAGAUGUGGCAGAAGUCCUCAAUAGGUGUGCUAGUUCCAACUGGUCAGAAAGGAAAGAAGGCCUUUUGGGUCUGCAGAACUUAUUAAAAAAUCAGAGAACGCUGAGUCGAGUUGAACUGAAAAGAUUAUGUGAAAUUUUCACAAGAAUGUUUGCUGAUCCUCAUGGCAAGGUGUUCAGCAUGUUUUUGGAGACUUUAGUGGACUUCAUACAAGUCCACAAAGACGAUCUUCAAGAUUGGUUGUUUGUACUGCUGACACAACUACUAAAAAAAAUGGGUGCUGAUUUGCUUGGGUCUGUUCAGGCAAAAGUUCAGAAAGCCCUUGAUGUUACAAGAGAGUCUUUUCCAAAUGAUCUUCAGUUCAAUAUUCUAAUGAGAUUUACAGUUGAUCAGACUCAAACACCAAGUUUGAAGACAGUCAAGCCAGCACUUCGGGACCAGCUUCACUCUUUUUGGAGCUCCAAGGUGAAGGUUGCUAUUCUCAAAUAUAUAGAAACUCUGGCCAAACAGAUGGAUCCAGGAGAUUUUAUAAAUUCCAGUGAAACUCGCUUAGCAGUCUCUCGGGUUAUCACUUGGACAACAGAACCCAAGAGUUCUGAUGUUCGGAAGGCAGCCCAGUCAGUGCUGAUUUCCCUGUUUGAACUCAAUACCCCAGAGUUUACAAUGUUAUUAGGAGCUUUACCAAAAACUUUUCAAGAUGGUGCUACCAAACUUCUUUAUAAUCAUCUUCGAAACACUGGCAAUGGAACUCCGAGUUCCAUGGGGAGCCCUUUAACAAGGCCAACACCACGUUCACCAGCCAACUGGUCCAGUCCUCUUACUUCUCCUACCAAUACAUCACAGAAUACUUUAUCUCCAAGUGCAUUUGAUUAUGACACAGAAAAUAUGAACUCUGAAGAUAUCUAUAGCUCUCUUAGAGGUGUCACUGAAGCAAUUCAGAAUUUCAGCUACCGUAGUCAAGAAGAUAUGAACGAGCCAUUGAAAAGGGAUUUGAAAAAAGAGGAUGGCGAUUCACUGUGUGGUGGUCCCGGGAUGCCUGACCCGAGAGCAGGAGGUGAUGCUACUGAUUCAAGCCAAGCAGCCCUUGAUAAUAAAGCUUCACUGCUCCAUUCCAUGCCUGCUCACUCCUCUCCACGCUCUCGAGACUACAACCCAUAUAACUAUUCAGACAGCAUCAGUCCCUUCAAUAAGUCUGCCCUCAAGGAAGCCAUGUUUGAUGAUGAUGCCGACCAAUUUCCAGAUGAUCUUUCCCUAGACCAUUCUGACCUGGUUGCAGAGUUGUUGAAGGAGCUCUCUAACCAUAAUGAACGUGUAGAAGAAAGAAAAAUUGCCCUCUAUGAACUUAUGAAACUAACACAGGAAGAAUCUUUUAGCGUUUGGGAUGAACACUUCAAAACAAUAUUACUUUUACUGCUUGAAACUCUUGGGGAUAAAGAACCUACAAUCAGGGCUUUGGCAUUAAAGGUUUUAAAAGAAAUCCUGAGGCAUCAACCAGCAAGAUUUAAAAACUAUGCAGAACUGACUGUCAUGAAAACUUUGGAAGCACAUAAAGAUCCUCAUAAGGAGGUGGUGAGAUCCGCUGAGGAAGCUGCGUCAGUGUUGGCCACUUCAAUCAGUCCAGAGCAGUGCAUCAAAGUGCUUUGCCCUAUCAUCCAAACUGCAGAUUACCCAAUUAACCUCGCUGCGAUCAAAAUGCAAACAAAAGUGAUAGAGAGAGUGUCCAAGGAGACUCUUAAUCUGCUUUUACCGGAGAUUAUGCCAGGCUUAAUACAGGGUUAUGAUAAUUCAGAGAGCAGUGUUCGGAAAGCGUGUGUCUUCUGCCUGGUGGCUGUGCAUGCAGUCAUUGGUGAUGAACUAAAACCACAUCUCAGUCAGCUCACUGGCAGUAAAAUGAAGCUACUGAAUCUUUACAUCAAACGCGCACAAACAGGCUCUGGAGGAGCUGACCCCACUACUGACGUUUCUGGACAAAGCUAGUGAAGCCGAUUGAAGUGAACCAGGUCUCUCAAAGAAAGGACAGACAGACCGCCCUCAUCAGUGAAAGGAAAUUUUCAAAUACAUCUUUUGGAACUUACCAUUGUUUCCUAGUUUUAGUUUUUUGUUUUGUUUUGUAUUUUCUGUAACAGAGGACUACCCUCAGUCUGCAUGUAACUUUUAUGAUAGUUAUUCCAAAUUCAAGAAGAAGCAGUAUUAACAGUUGAUCAAUACAAAGUAAUUUUAAAUCAGACUCAUCAUUUCACAUGUUUGUACUUAUUUGUCUUCCCAUUAACCUUUGCCAGUGUUAUGAUUGUAUAAAUUUUUUUAAUGCUGGUUAAACAGGAAUGCUUCAAGCUUUAAAAGUUUAACAGUCUAAAACAUUUUUUUGCUUUUAUUCAAAUGCAGAAUAAUAUUUUUAUUGCUACUUUGAGUUUUGUUUCUUAUCAUGUCCUAUGCUAGAAAUAUUGAAAUGACGUGAAACAAAGCAGACUAAUUUGAACUACAGCUGGACUCUGUCGGUGUGAUGGUGAUACAUGUCAUUAGUUGCCACUUCUUUGGGGUUAUCUGUAGUUUAAAAUAAAACUAAGACCUCAAAGAGAAAUGUUACAGAAUCAGCCAGUUUUGUAAAACUGAUACUGUUUGUUGGUUAUUGAUCUUGCCAUCUUUAUUUAAAACAUGCCCCCUCUAUGAUCCCUCAAGAAAGCUGCACCAAAUCAUCUGCCUGUCUUUUUCUUGAUACUUAUUAAAAUAGAAGGUUUCAUUGCAGGGUUUUUGGUUUGUCAUUGUUGUGAAUGAUGCUUUUUUAUAUUUAUUAAUAUCAAAUUCACUUAUGAAUAAACUUGAUAAUGGAAACAGACAAAAAAAA